CAGCCACAGUACUCUACGAUAAUGCUUAAGGCUUGCGAUGGCUUCUUUCGCAUCAAGCUCAAACUUGGAUGAUGGACAGCGUCUUGUUGAAUGCUAGUGCUACUCAAACGUCCUGCUGCUGGCAUGAAUGGGGCAAAGUUGACAAGUUCGUUCUUGAGUCCUAUGCUGCGUAACUCGCCACGUUGGAAACCAAGUCGUGCCUCUCCUCGCUGUCAGCUGCAUCUUCUCUGGCAUGCAAUCGAAACUCCAGCUGCUCCACUCCGAAGAAAGUCUCUCACGUGCAACGCUUGCUCGGUGAAUGUUCCGGCCCCUUUGAAGCAUUGUGGGAAGGCUCACAGUGCCGCAAUGGCUUUUGCAUCGGGGCGACACCCACAGCCACACGACCGUCAUGCGCUGGCAGCAAUGUUCCUGUUAUGUGUGCCGGCUUUUACACCAGGAGUCCUUUACUGAUGCACGUUUGCGUAGGAAAAUGUUCAUCGGAGGCCUAAAUUGGGAAACCACCGACCAAUCUCUCAAGGACUAUUUCUCGCAAUUUGGCGAGGUCACUGAGUGUACCGUCAUGCGUGAUGGUGCUACUGGUCGCUCUCGCGGCUUUGGAUUUCUCACUUUCAAAGACCCGAAAACAGUCAACACAGUCAUGGUCAAAGAGCACUCGCUUGACGGCAAGCUGAUCGAUCCCAAACGUGCCAUCCCGCGGGACGAGCAGGAAAAAACAGCAAAGAUUUUCGUUGGCGGUGUCAGUCAGGAAGCGACCGAAGCAGACUUCAAGAACUUCUUCAACCAGUUUGGCCGUGUACUCGAUGCUACACUCAUGAUGGACAAGGAAACAGGCCGUCCUCGAGGAUUCGGGUUUGUCACUUUCGAUAGUGAGCUUGCCGUCGAGCGAACACUAGAGGGACCGCUCGCAAUUCUGAACAAACCCAUCGAGGUUAAGCGUGCGCAGCCUCGUGGGAAGAUCGGCGAGGAAGAGAGUGCCAACCCGCGCGGGUUUGGAAGAGGCGCUGGCAGAGGAGCAGGCGGACAACAGUUCGGUGGCAACCAGGGAAGUACCUUCAACCAAAACACUCAAGCCGCACCCCCUGGAGGCGAGAAUAAUGGAGCAGCCAUGACGCCAGCUAUGAUGGCGGCUUACUGGCAACGAAUGCAGCAAUAUUUCAGCAUGAUGUCUGCUGCCAACAAUAUGGGUGGCAACAUGAUGGGUGGCAUGCAAAAUCCAAUGAUGCAGCAAAUGAUGGCCGCUCAACAACAAGGUGGCAACAUGAAUCCAGCGAUGAUGCAGCAGAUGCAGCAGAUGGCCAAUAUGCCUGGCUAUCAGGGCAGCAUGGGCGACGGCGGCUCCCCCAUGCCAGGUGGACAGGGAAGUCCCAACGACGGUCAGGCUGGACGAGGGUCAGGCUUCAAUCCUCAAGAACAGAUGAACUUCGAACGACAGAAGUACGAGCGACAACAGAUGGCUCGAAUGCAGCAGCAGAAUUUCUCAAAUCAGAACACCUGGGACGGCAUGUACGAUGACGUCCCCGCUCCCGCCGGCAUGCAAGGUCCGGGCAGCCAAGCUGGCGGCGGACGUGGAGGCAGCUUCGGCGGCCGCGGCGGCCGUGCCAGUGUCGGGCCUAAACAGCAACAACCAGGUCAACAGCCGCCUAAUGCGCCCGCCAAUGCCCCCACAGGCCCAAAGAACGCCGGCAGGCCUGGAGCUAACUACCGAGGAGGCGGCCGCGGCGGUGCCCGUGGCUAUCACCCCUACGCUCGUGGAGGUGGUUAGGCACCAUCACUCCCCAAGUCGCGUAGGGCCAGUCAACAGCAUCCCGGCGUCGAGUACCAGGUGCCAUACAGCAGCUGUCACCAUUGACCAGGCCUAGAACGAUCUAUGAACCUAG